UCAUUCAUUUUCUAUAAAUAUCAAGCCUAUCUCUAUCUUCACGAGACACAUUACUGUUUUCCCACUGUUUGUAUUUCAGGUCAUUGGCAGUUGAAGUCACUGGUGGUGUUGUUUCCGUUUCUUUUUCUCUCUGCUUUGAUCAUUUUCAAGUUUUUCUCAGUAAACCCACUCACUUCUUCUCAGCCUCUUAUCUCUCGGUCUCUGCAACUUGUUAUCACCUUCAAUUCUCGCUCGAGUUUCAGCAAUGUCAAUAAUUGGGCGCAGAGGAAUUCAUUUCUUGCAUAAACUCAAUGCUGAAAAUGUUCCCGGUGCUUUGAUAGAGAACGGUCAAAGCCGACUUAUAGAUGCUUCUCUCACUCUCAUUCGUGAGAGCGCAAAGCUCAGGGGAGAGCUUGUGCGUGCUUUAGGAGGCGCUGUAGCAUCCACUUCUCUUUUGGGUGUUCCUCUUGGACAUAACUCGUCGUUUCUUCAAGGGCCUGCUUUUGCUCCUCCUCGGAUUAGAGAGGCAAUCUGGUGUGGUAGUACCAACUCAACAACUGAAGAAGGGAAAGAACUAAGAGACCCAAGGGUGCUAACUGAUGUUGGUGAUAUUCCUGUCCAAGAAAUUCGAGAUUGUGGAGUCGAAGAUGACAGACUGAUGAAUGUCAUAAGUGAGUCUGUCAAGCUAGUGAUGGAACAGGAUCCACUGCGCCCAUUAGUGUUAGGUGGUGACCACUCAAUUUCUUAUCCUGUUGUAAGAGCUGUCUCUGAGAAGCUUGGGGGACCUGUGGAUAUUCUUCAUCUGGAUGCCCAUCCUGAUAUCUAUGACGCCUUUGAAGGUAACGUAUAUUCACAUGCGUCUUCUUUUGCUCGAAUUAUGGAAGGUGGUUAUGCUCGUCGUCUUUUGCAGGUUGGUAUUAGAUCAAUCAACAUAGAAGGGCGUGAACAAGGAAAACGAUUUGGUGUUGAGCAAUAUGAAAUGCGAACCUUUUCAAGAGACCGUCAUUUUUUGGAAAACCUGAAAUUGGGGGAAGGUGUGAAGGGCGUGUACAUCUCGAUAGAUGUAGAUUGCCUUGAUCCUGCAUUCGCUCCUGGAGUGUCACACAUUGAGCCAGGGGGUCUCUCCUUCCGUGAUGUUCUCAACAUACUCCACAACCUUCAAGGCGACAUUGUUGCUGCAGAUGUCGUUGAAUUCAAUCCCCAGCGUGACACUGUUGAUGGGAUGACUGCAAUGGUAGCUGCUAAGCUGGUGAGAGAGUUGGCUGCAAAGAUAUCAAAAUGAUAAAAUUAUCAGGUGCCUUCCUUUGGUAUACCUGGAGACAAGACCUUCCAGCAUAACACAGAUUUUUGCAGUUUCAUUAUCUGAAAGUGUUAAACAUAGCUGCAGUAUGUAACUGAGAAUUCAAUUCCAGCAUGAUAUUUCAGUGGGGGCAUCGUUGUGCUUAAUAUGUAUUAAUUUGUUCAAUGAGAAUAACUUGCAGAACUUGCUUUAUUUUCA